ACUUACUCACUAGUGACUACUUACUAGUCACUUAUUUAAUUACACUGAGCUCAACGUAUGGCUCUUGUAUAUAUAUAAAUAUAUAUACAAUAUAUAUAUGUUUUACUUAGAUAAGCUGAAAGGUAAAACUACGUGUUUUUCUUUUUUUUUUAGACAGCUUACCCUCUUUUGGAGUCAACGAUGGAGUUAAUUCAUAAGUGUGUGUACAUAUAUGAGAGCUGUUUCGUUGUUUCGACCCAACAACAAACAUAAACUUUCUCUCUCUUUCUCCACAGAGACACGGCACGGUAACAACCAUGCUAGAAGCAAAUCACUUUUCACAUCUGAGAUUUCAAUAACUAUCAAAUGUGUGAACUCAUCUUCUAUCAAGGAAUGUGUCGACAAAGUUGAAUUCCUUAGAGUUUUUUUUAAAAAAAACUUCUUUGAAAAGUUUUAAUUUAUUAAAUAAGUACAUGUAGUUUAACUCAUUCAAAACCAUAAAGAUUUCCUCAAAAUGGCUUACUACGCUAUUAAUCCACCUCCAUCAGGUCCCUCCAGAGUAAGAGAUCGCAAACAGCGAAAGGUUUUCAUCCCGGGCCAGAAGGAUAGUAAAGAAAAUAUAUCCGAUAUAACAGAUUUCACAGAGAAGUCACCUACAUUGAUAACAUUGGACGACUUGGAAUCCACCAGUAAAUUUAGCUCAGAUUUAGAAGGACUUGAUUUAAGUUACUCUAACUUGGGAUCAAAUACUCUGAAGAAAGGUUUAAGUAAUUCUAUGGAAGAUUUAAGUGCAACAAGCAAAGCCUACCCAGAUAUCAGUGGUUUGUUCUAUGAACUGAGGUCAGAUGUGUAUUUCAACAGUCGUAGGCCUCCUCCAAUUGGCUUCAGUCAUUUCUCAGAUUGUCCUGAUAGCCUUAAUAUUGACCAACUUGUGCCAUUAUCACAAGUCUCACAGUCUCAACUACCAGAACAAACAUUGCCAUUACCGUCACAACAAAAACCCUCAUGUCCAUUCUCUCCUCAAAGUUACCAAAAUGUACAGACUUCAACGCCUUUUCAGUACCCUUCUCCUGCUCUUGUAACUAAUUCCCAUCAAAUGCUAGUACCAUCACCUUUGCCAUGGGAAGGAGAUCCCUCAGGUUUGUACAAGGAGAGAAAACCUUCCCUAUCUAACAUGCAUCGUCCAGCCAGCUUGAAUGAUCUGGAUGAUAUUGAUACUUAUCCUAAAACUGUGCCCUUAACAAACAGUGCCUCUGCAACAACAACACCUAUUGUGGACACCUUCAGUAUUGAAUUCCCUCAAGGAAAUGGAAUUGCUCACACAACAGCAAAUCUCAUAGAUCUUUACGAUAGAGAAUAUCUUAAUUUAGAAGACUUUGAUCCUUACAGAGUGGAACAACAAAUUUGUUCUUCGGUGUCAUCUCCACAAGAAACAUCAGCAGUGUCCCCUCCAAAGGAUAAGAAUAUAAGAAAGUCUGGGAGUGAAAAUGAUUUAUUGAAUUGCACGUCACUUCUUUUGGAAUGGUCUGAAGUUCCUGAUAAAAAUAGCACUGCACAGGUCAGUAAGAAGAACAAUGAUUUAUUUGAUGACAUAUCAUUUCUCCAGGAAUGGGCUGAAACUUCUGAUGUAAGUAACACUACACAGGUUAGUGAAGAAACAGCACAAAGUUGGAACCAUGACUAUGCAAAUUCCAUGGUUGAACUCGCCCAGACUUCUAAUAUUAUUGUUGAUUUACCAAAAACGUCACAAAAAGAAGACAACAAACCUUUGGAUACAAUUGUACCAUUACAGCACUACCCUACUAAGAAACCUACCAAGGAUUUCUCUAAACAGGAUAUACCACCAAAUAGUACCUCGUGGACAUUUCUCCGUAAGGAAGCCAGCUAUGAGAAGCUAAGGAAUGAAGCCUUUGUUGAUGAAGAGUUUGAAUCUUUCUGUAAAACUGUCACUGAAUUGAAGCACAAAUAUAAAUCUGUGGAUCAUGUCACCAACCUCGGCUUCAUCGUUAGUCCUAUAUGCAACUUCAGUAAUGAAGCCAAGUCAAUUAAAGUGGUUAUACACACAAAGAAGCAAAUGGAAGCCUUUGAAUUUACCUGUGAUAUAAAUACUUUAGUGGAACAUGUCAUCUAUCAAAUCGUUUUCAAUGAACGCUACUCCCUUAACAAUCCAGUUACAUCUGACUACAUUCUCAAAGUCUUUGAUCGUUCAGAAUAUCUUCUCAACAAUUUGGAAUUAUCCCGAUAUGAGUAUGUCCAUGCAUGUCUCAAAAUGAACACAGAAAUACGAUUCCAACUAAUGAGACUACAAGACAUUCCUCGAAAACUCAUACGAACAGUAGAUGAUGAUCGUCAAUUACUUAACUACCCAAGAUAUUGCAUUCAGGGUAGAAAUAAAGGAGAAUUAACCAGAGAUGGCCUUGAAAUUCUUAUGGAAACAUUUUACAAAGAAAUCGAAAGGCUAAGUGACCGUGCCUUAAAAGAUAAAGAUAUUCAACCAAUGUCACUGAAGCAGUCUGUAAAAGCAGUUUGUUCAAUGCUGGAAAAACUGGAGACAGUGGAAUUGGUUACUGCAAUGGAACGGGUUGAGAACAUUGUUAACGAACUAUCUAAUAAUAGCAAAUUGGCUACACAAGACAGUGCUGAUCGCAAAGAACAACUGAAUUUAGAAAGCUUGGAGACAAAAUGUUCCUUGAUUGAAAAUUUACAAGAUAGCUUGGAAAUGCUCGUCAUUGCUGUGAAAAAUUUGGUUAACCUCUACUGCAAGACAUUCCAAACAGAUUUCCUUCUCAGCUCAAGCAGACAAGAAACCAGAGAGUCACAAGAAGUCAUUUUAAUCAGUGACAACUUCAUAGUUCAUAUAUCCACAGCACACCGACUUCCAGUGAAGUGGACUAAACUAUACCAAGGAUACACUGUUGAAUGUGGGCUCUGUUAUGGGGGACAAAAUAUUACACAGCAUAAAAGUACAGCAGUAAGGCAGUUGUCAAACUCUGGGCUCAGUGAAAGAGUUCUUUGGAAUGAAUGGUUAGAUUUUGAAACUCUGCAAUUGUUUUCAAUACCUCGGGAAAGUCGAUUAUCUUUAACAUUGCGUGGAAUUCCAAGUUCUGGCAACACAUCAUCGGACCAUCCAGUGAACCAUGGGCCAGUGGUGUUAGCCGGAGCAACUGUCCAGCUUUUCAGUUACAAAGGACAUCUUGUACAAGGUAGUCAACUGGUGCCGAUGACUAUGGGAACUGCAGCUGACCCACUUGGUCCCACGUCUUCAGCCAUCACUUCAGAAAGUAUUUUCUUACAGGUAAAUAUCAUCAUUACCAUUUUUGUUUCUACUUUUCUGUGCUUGCAUGGAUCAGACAGAAUUUGUACACGGAAAGAAUCUUUGAAACCAUCUAGGCAUGCAACUGACAGCCUAAUGGAUCUCAUCAAGAGAACUUUUGAGUCUUUAAGUGCAGAAGAUCGGGAGAUAAUCGCUGGUGUUUUAGAGAAAGAUUCUGCUACACAGUGCACCGAAGUUGAGUUGAAGUUAUUGUGGGACAAGAGAGAACAUUUAAUGGAUAACCCUGCAUUCCUUCCACGAGUCCUCCAGGCUGUUCCCAGCUGGAAAUCCCAUUGUUUACCUGAAAUAUAUAGCUUGCUUGAACUCUGGGAACCAAUUCAGCCAACUCAGGCUUUUGAACUACUUCUUCCUUAUUAUCCUGAUGCCCAUGUCAGGGAAAUGGCUGUUGACUGUUUACAGAGUCUUCCAACUGAUCAACUUAUUGAUUAUCUUCCCCAAUUAAUAGAGGCCCUCAAGUUUGAUUGCUAUCACAACUCCCCACUGGCUAAGAUGUUAUUAGAGAAGUCUUGUAAUAAUAUCCAGUUUGCUCACAAAUUUUUCUGGUUAUUAAAAGGAGCCGCUCAAGACAAUUCCUGCAAACAUUGGUUCAAAUUAAUGUUUGUGGCUCUUGCAAAUGUUGCCGGAGAGUCUUUGUAUGAAGAAUUCCGUAAACAGGAGGAUUUGGUGAAAAUUCUCAGUUCUAUGGCUGAAAAAUUGAAAUCAGCAAAAGACAAAGAUCACCUCCCUUUUAACCCCAGUUUUGAAGUGUGUGGCAUCGAUUUGAAGUCCUCUUCUUAUUACACUUCCAAUGCUUUCCCCUUGAAACUAGUUUUCAAGAACUGUAAUCCAGAAGCUGAACCUGUCUACAUUAUGUUCAAGCAUGAAUUUGAAUUCCUUUUUUCUCUUCCCCAAAUUAUAGGAAUGGUUGAAAUUGUUACAGAAUCUGAAACACUUCGGAAAAUCCAAGUUUCUUAUGGACUAACUGGUUCUUUUAAAGAGCGACCUCUUCAAGAAUGGUUACAAAAAAAUAACCCAACUCAACUAGAAUAUGACAAAUCUUUGGACAACUUCUUGUGUUCUUGUGCUGGAUAUUGCGUAGCCACUUACGUAUUGGGUAUAUGUGACAGACACAAUGACAAUAUCAUGUUGAAGCAGUCAGGACAUUUGUUUCACAUUGACUUUGGCAAGUUUCUUGGUGAUGCUCAGAUGUUUGGCAGCUUCAAAAGGGACCGAGUGCCAUUUGUUUUGACCUCCGACAUGGUUUAUGUCAUUAAUGGUGGAGACAAAAACUGUAGUCGAUUCCAGCGCUUUGUGGAUCUCUGCUGUACUGCAUUCAAUAUUCUUCGCAGAAACAGGAAUCUUUUCCUCAACUUCUUUUCUUUGAUGUCACGAUCAGGAAUUCCUGGUGUGUCCGAGAAUGCUGUCACCUAUAUUCAGCAAGCACUACUUCCUGGAAAAUCCGAUGCCGAAGCUGCUGCUAUCUUCACACGCAUGAUUGAAGACAGUUCCCGCUCAGUUUUCACACAGUUUAAUUUCUUCAUGCACAAUCUUGCUCAACUAAAAUUCUCUAGCCACAAUGAAGGUGCCUUGUUGUCAUUUGUUCCAAAAACCUACAGCAUCCACACAGACGGACGUAUUACAAAUAUUGAAGUCAUCAACUUCCAGAAACGAUACACUCCUGAGAAACAUUAUACAUAUGUAAUUAGAAUCAUGAGACAAAAUGUGAAGGUGCCAUCCAUAGUCUUUCGGCAUUUCUCAGAGUUUUUAGAGUUUCGAGAAAAACUGAUGCAGCGAUUCCCCUUGGUCUUCUGGCCCCCCUUAUCUGGAAAGGUCAUGUUUGGACGAAGUAAUGUAAGGACGGUAGCUGUGAAUCGCAAGCUAGAAAUUUCUAGCUUUGUGAAAGAGAUAUUCAAGCAUGCACCUGAGAUCUCUGAGUGUGACCUUGUCUAUACUUUCUUUCACCCACUCAUUCGAGAUGAACAAAGUUCUGGUCUGAACAUGAACAAUGGUUUACAGGAUACUGUUAAUAAUGUCCGGAAUAUGACUUCGACAGGAAUCCGAGGAGAACUAAAAAUAUCAAUUCAGUAUCAAAAAGAACACCUCCAAGUUAUGAUCAUGCAUGCAAGAGGCUUGAGUUCAUAUGGAAUUGAAAACCCCAGUCCUUAUGUAAAACUCUACUUGCUACCAGAUCCUGAAAAGCUAACGAAGCAAAAAACUAAAGUGGUUAAGCAUUCAACACACCCAACUUACAAUGAAGUUAUGCAGUACAAGAUGUCUCUGGAAGAUGUUAAGAAGCGAACUUUGCAAGUGACUGUUUGGAACCAUGAUGUCUUGAAAGAGAACCAGUUCAUGGGUGCUAUAUAUAUCCAUUUACGAAAACUAGACCUCAGUCAAGAAAACACAGAAUGGCGCUGCCUUGGUAACCUACAGAUGUCAAGUACCAGCCAUAUUUCCUGAUGAUGCCUUUUUUCCCCCACAUACAGCCUACCAGUUGGUGCCUUCAUCAUAUUCAAAUCAUUCAAACAAUGGAGGUUCCAUUAAACUACCAUUAUUUUCAUCAUCACCAUCAUCACCAUUGUACAAAUCAUUGAUAAUUAUAUGAUUCAUUGACCGUAACUUUGUAAGUCCUUUUGGCAAUGUUUAAAAUUAUUAUACAAGACUGCUCUUUUACUCCAAAAUUUAAAAAUAUUUUCUACAAAGCAAAAAAUGAAAGAUUUUUUUUUAAAAAAACUAUCAUCUCAUGGGAAUAAUUUUUGAAAAUGAUUAAUUAUUAUACAAUGAAAUAUAUUUAGCAUCAGAGUUUUCUGCAAGAGAAUUCACCACAUUUUACAUCAAGUGUUGCCUUAACUUAAUCAAAGCAUCAAAUUCUUCAUCACAAAAUACACUGCAGACACUAAAACUGCAAAUGCUUAUGUAUAUGUGAUUGAUAUAUAUGUAUGUAUGUAUAUUUAUGUCUAUAUACAUAUAUGUAUCCGCAUGUGUGUGUGUGUGUGUAUAUGUGAGUAUUAUACAUAAAUUUGCAUCUAAUUUAUCAAACAAUAUUUUUUUUUUUUUUUUGUCUUUUACCAAAUUAUUCUCAUUUUUCCCAUUCCAUUCAGCCAUUUUAAAUUCACUGCUGGAUGAAGUCAUGCUGACCAAUUGCAGGCUGGAUGUAGUGCUUAUAGUGUCAGGUGAUUAAACUCUGGCCAUUGCACGACUGAGCGGAAUUCAAACUCAGAAGAGGUGAAACAGGUAUGCAAUAUAAGGCAUCUUAUCUGAUAGGCUAAAGAAUUCCGUUAAGUUCCAUCAAUCCACUGCCCUGAACUGGUAGAUUAUUUAUCAACUCUGACAAAAAGAGGAAAGGUCAAAAUUUUCAUCUGCUGUAUUUAAGAAAAAACAAUUAGAAAAUGACCUUAUCUUCCAAAAUCAUUAUUCUUCUAAUUGCAGUGAUAUCUUAGCAAGGGACAGAUCAUAUUUGAUUGAUUAUUACCUAGCUGUUCUUUCUCCCAGGG